ACCUCGUCGUAUGGGGAAAGCAGCACCCCUCCUCCCUUUAUCAGGCUAAAACCAGUAGAGAGAUAAGAGGAGGAAGAAGAAGAGAUAGAGAGAGAAAGGGGGAAGAGAGAGAAGAUGGGGAGGGGGAAGAUAGAGAUAAGGAGGAUUGACAACAUAACAAAUAGGCAGGUGACGUUCUCCAAGAGGAGGAAUGGGCUGCUGAAGAAGGCAAGAGAGCUGGCUGUGCUUUGUGAUGCAGAGAUUGGGCUAAUCAUCUUUUCCAGCACAGGAAAGCUUUAUGAUUUCACCAGCUCCAGCAUGAAAACAGUGAUUAACCGCUACAACAAAGCAAAACAGGAUCAUCUGCAAACGAUGCAUGCGAAUUCAGAGCUUAAGAUCUGGCAAAGGGAAGCAACAAGCUUACGGCAGCAAUUGCAUAACUUGCAAGAAAAGCAUCGGCAGCUGAUGGGAGAAGAUAUUAACGGGCUGAGUAUCAAAGAACUACAAAACUUAGAGAACCAGCUAGAAACAAGUCUCCAUGCGAUCCAGCAAAAGAAGGAACAAAUUUUAAUCAAUGAAGUUCAAGAACUAAAUCAGAAGAUUGCCCUCAUGCAUCGAGAAAAAAUGGAACUCUGUAAAAUGCUAAACCUUUGUCGCCAAGAAAAUAUGGAAUUAAACAAAAAGGUUAAUGCAACUAAAGGAUGCAGAGGAGGAUCUACUUCUGCCAAUUCUGGUAGCCCAAUAUCAAUCUGUCUUGAGUUAAGCCCUCCACAACAGAAAAUUAAUGAACUGCAUGAGGACUGCCCGAAAUUAGGCAGACUCCAAUUGUAUUAAGAUGCCCCAAGAAGAGUAGAUGAUUCUCCAUGGUCAAGAUUAUAAACAACUGGUAUAUUACAUUCAUUAGUGAAUGUAAAAGCAACACUCAGUUCAACUGAAAUAAAAAUAAGAGAUUAUCAUAAAAGAACGAAUUCAUAUGUAAUGCAAUAUAGCACUUAGUAAAGACAAUUUCUUUUGA